AUGGCCGCCUCUCUGGCUCUGCGACCUAGCUGCGCCCUCGCACCUCCCUCCUCCCUAGCCUCCACCCCCCUGGCUGGCGCACAAUCUGCAGCCCCCUCUCUCCUUUCCAAGCACGCCCGGUGGACGUUCCCCAGUCUCUCCCGCUGUUCACCCCCCUCCUCCAAGCCUCGAUUUACCCCCCCCCAGUGCACAGCAACCGCGCCAGUCUCCGCUGACCGGCUGUCGAGAGUCGACGUCCUCUCGGAGGCGCUCCCGUUCAUCCAGCGGUUCCAGAACAAGACGGUGGUGAUCAAGUAUGGGGGGGCGGCGAUGAAGGACGAGAGCCUGAAGGAGGGCGUGAUUAAGGACGUCGUUCUGCUCGCCUGCGUGGGGCUGCGGCCGGUGCUUGUGCAUGGGGGGGGUCCCGAGAUCAACGGGUGGCUGCAGAAGCUGGGGAUCGAGCCCGUCUUCAAGCAGGGGCUGAGGGUCACCGACGGUCCGACGAUGGAAGUGGUGGAGAUGGUACUGACGGGCAAGGUGAACAAGUCGCUCGUGUCGUUAAUGAACCAGGCGGGGGGGAGUGCCGUGGGCUUGUGUGGAAAGGACGCAAAGUUGAUCACGGCGCGGCCGGAGGGGGGCGGCGAGUGGGGCUUCGUAGGGGAGGUGAAACGGGUGGACGUGAGUAUCUUAAACACUCUGGUUAGGGACGGGCACAUCCCAGUGAUUGCGUCCGUUGCUGCGGACGAGACCGGACAGUCGUACAACAUCAAUGCGGACACGGCGGCGGGCGAGAUUGCAGCAAGCCUGGGGGCGGAGAAGCUCAUUCUGAUGACGGAUGUCCCUGGGUUGAUGAUGGAUUUCAAGGACCCGAGCACGAUCGUUCACCAAGGGGUCAAGGCGACACAUAUCAUCGACGGGAGGCUGCCGCACUCUUUGUUGCUUGAAGUCUUGACGGACGAGGGGCGAGGUACGAUGAUCACUGGAUAG